AUGUUAAUUGGAACAUGUAGCUUCGGCUUUGUAUAUAAAGGAAAUCUUGACCAUGAAGAAAAUCCAAUUGCUGUGAAGGUUCUAAAUCUUCAACAGAAAGUAGCCGACAAAAGUUUCGUUGCUGAAUGUAAUGCAUUGAGAAAUAUUAGACACCGAAAUCUUGUUAAGAUCUUGACAUGUUGCUCUAGCAUAGAUUAUAAUUGCAAUGAAUUCAAGGCUCUAGUCUUUUCAUAUAUUCCCAAUGGAACCCUAGAGAAGUGGUUGCAUCUAUUGACUAAUGGCGUAAACCAAUCAAUGGAUUUGGACCUAAUUCAAAGACUAAAUAUUGCGAUCGAUGUGGCUUGUGCAAUACACUAUCUUCAUGAUGAUUGUGAGCCACCGAUCAUUCAUUGCAAUUUGAAGCCUAGCAAUAUUCUUUUUGACAAUGAAAUGAUUGCUCACGUAAGUGAUUUUGGGUUAGCAAGGUUGAUCUCAAAACCAAUUGGAUUCUCUGAAGAAGGUCAAACUAGCACAAUUGGGAUUAAGGGAACUGUUGGUUAUGUUGCUCCGGAGUACGUAAUGGGUUGUGAGCCAUCAAGACAAGGGGAUGUAUAUAGCUAUGGGAUCCUUGUGAUGGAGAUGUUCACCGGAAAAAGACCCACCGAUGAAAUGUUCAAAGAUGAUUUCAAUCUCCACAACUUCGUUAAGAUGGCCUUGCCAGAAAGACUCGUGCAAAUUGUGGACUCUUCUCUUCUCCCUAGAGAAGUAGUAGAAGAAACUGCAUUGAGAAGAGAAAAUGGAAGAAACAACAGAAGCAACAGAGGAAAUGAGAUCGAAGAAGAAGAAGAAGAAGGAGGAGGAAACGUCAACUUUGAGAACCCAAACGAGGUAAGCGCUCAUCAACAGAAGUGCUUGGUUUCAGUGUUGGAAAUUGGACUUGCCUGUGCGGAAAAAUCACCAAAUGAAAUAAUAAGCAUGGGAGAUGUUACUAGGAAGCUACAACAUAUCAGAAACGCUUAUGUCAGUGAUGGAGUUCGCCGAGAAAGACGAAGAAUCGGCUAA